AUGGCCGAAUUCUCCACCACCAAGCUGGAGCCCGACUCCCAUCUACUGCUCGAUCAACCACUCCUUCGUCUACCCAACGAGCUCCUACGGAAGAACCUCAAGUCUGCCCAACGGCAGAUCGAGAUGACCAACAAGAAUGUAACCUCCGCCAUACAGGCCAGCACCAACCAGUCCCCAGCGGAAACACUGGCUUCGCUGGACUCAACACUCGCCAAAGCUCAGAACCUCAAACGAAAGCUGGAGGCUCUCCAAAUAGAGGAGAAUGCUCUACACAAGCAGCAAAAGUCUAGAAUACAACACCUGCAAGAGUUGCACGAGAUACCGAGCCUGGCGGAUGUGAAAUAUGACCACUGGUCCCAUACCCGACUGGACCGCUUACUGGUGGACUAUCUCCUCCGACAAGGCUACACUGAAAGCGCCAAAGAGCUGGCCAGAGAAAAGGACAUCGACUACUUAGUAGACGUAAACGUCUUCGAAGAAAGCGGCAAGAUCGAAAAGAGCCUCCGAGAAGGCAAAAUGCAAGACUGCCUCACCUGGUGCGUCGAGAACAAACAAGCCCUGAAGAAAAUCGACAGCAACCUCGAAUCCGAGCUGCGCCUCCAACAAUUCAUCGAACUCGCACGAAGUGGCGAAAUGAAACAGCGCCUCGAAGCCAUGGUCUACGCCCGCAAACACCUCGCUGGAGGCCAAGAUCCCAAAUUCGCCCUUCAGGCCGCCGGCCUCCUCGCCCAAUCCCCCGACACCCACGUGGAACCCUACCGAACCAUGUUCUCGCCCACCCGCUACACCGAAAUCGCGCAGACCUUCCUCCGCACGCACCACGAGCUCUUCGCCCUGCCUUCGCAACCUCUCCUCUACAUCGCCCUCUCCGCCGGCCUCUCGGCGCUGAAAACCCCGGCUUGUCACUCAGAGUACGCCCUCCAGCCUAGCACGCUGACGGGCGCGCCUGUGUGUCCGAUCUGCAGCACCGAGUUGAACGAACUAGCGAGGAAUGUGCCGUACGCGCAUCACACGAAGAGUUUUAUGGAGGAGGAUCCGGUGGUGUUGCCGAAUGGGCGGGUGUUUGGGCGGGAGAGGUUAAGGGUGUUGAAUGAGAAGAUUGGGACGGAGAAGGGGUGGGUGCGGGAUCCGACGAAUCAGGGGGAUGGGGUUUGGGAGGUUGGGGCGGAGAGUGUGAAGAAGGUGUUUAUUUCGUAG